GGAAUUGCUGUGGCCUAGCUCAAUGGGCAGUGAGGGUGCGGCAGUGUCCUCGUCUACUGGCUCAAGCUCCGUUGGGGAAAUGGUUGAUUUAGCUGGUCGGGGGCUGAAGCAGGUGCCUGAACACGUUCUCGAAAGGACUGGGUUGGAGUAUUUAUAUUUGGAAGGAAAUGUUAUAUCUGAACUUUCUGAAGACUUCUUUCAUCGAUUACCACAUCUUAUCUGGUUGGAUUUACGAAACAAUAAACUCACAAGCCUUCCUCUUUCAAUUGGGGAUCACAGAUGCCUUAAAACACUGCUUCUUGAAGGAAAUCCUAUACGAAAGCUGCCAGUGGAACUCGGCAAUGUGAUCUCAUUGAAGGCCCUUAAUCUUAGAAAGUGUCCAAUUGAGUUUCCUCCUGAUGGUGUUCUGCAUCAAGGAUUGGCAACCAUUCUGACCUUCCUCAGAAAGCCUAGGGCAACAGAAGCAGAGCAUACAGCAGAAUCUGCAUGUGAUACAGAAAUGCCAGUGAUAGAAAAACUGCAGCUGAAUGCACGAACAGAAUCAAGUUUAGAUUUCUCCAACGAGAAGGAGCGGCAACGAUUCAAAAUACUGAAACAGAAACUAGCACAAGAAGAGAGAAGAGAAGGAUUUCUCCAAUCUAGAAAAGACUGGGGUGCAGGUUUCGUGUCAACUGUGCCCAGCAUUCUGAGAAAGGAAGGUUCUAAUCCAAAUACAAUAUUUCCAGCGUCAAAAGCCUAUGAUGUGUCCAUUCAGGCAAAGAGAAAGGAAGAACUUAAACUCGCUGCACUGAAGGAACUCAAAGAAAAGCAAGCAAUUAUUGAACAGAGGAAAUUAGAUUAUAAAGUAUUGAAGAAUUGGAGGGAUAAAGCUCAGCUGUUGCAAGAAAAGAAAGAAAAAGAAAGAAUCCAAAGGUCUCCACAUCUAUCAGAAAAGAACAUGAUAGUGAAGAAUGCACCAUUUGCUACAGAUCCAAACUACUACCACACAGUAAGAGUCAUUGAUGCGAAAAAAACACCUGUCCACAAAAAUAACCAAAAAGUGGAUUUUGAGAAGGAAAUCAAAGAAUUAAGAGCUGUUAAAGAUCGUGACUUGCAACUACGGAUCCAGCAGCAUAUUGAAUUGAUGCAAGCUAGAAGAAAACAACCAAAGGGAACACCACAAGAAGAAUUAGAGGCUGCAAAGAGAGAGUUAGAAGUUGCUGUAAAUCUGAAAUCCGAACUUGCAAGAAGGAAAAUCAUAGAUAAUCCACUGUAAAGUAAUUUUAAUGCAGUCACUGAAAAAAUUCCAAGUUAAUAUUCACUAUUUGAAUAAAUUAAAUCAAUGUUUUUCUGUUGAUAAAUUCUGUUUAAGCUUAUAAUUAUUUGACUGCAACAAGAAGUCAUUUGUUAUAAAACUUUUUAUUCUCUAUAUGUGCAAAUCUUGAAGCUCUCUUUUGUUCAGA